AUGUUCGUUCCAGCUUUAUCAUUUAUCCUCGUCUUUAUUGCUUCAAAUAUUGGCAGCAGUAUUCAAAUUGCCACUGACGGGAAGGUAGAAACGCUGCCAACCUUACCAAAAGACACGCAUUCUGCUGAGAAUUUGCAAUCUUCUUCAGCUACACAUUCAACAAAUACAAUGCUGGAGAAGUUUUCCUCGAUGUCUAUUUCUCCGAAGCACAAGCAAUUAAUACCUAAAGAGAGUGGUAACAAGAAUGAAGUUGAUCAUUUCUAUCAACAAGCCACCCGUUUAAAAUCAUCGGGAAAGGCUCCUGUUCGUAAACUAAAGCGUCUAGGCAAGAUCCGUCUGGAGAAACAACAUGGUCUAAGUCCCUAUGCACGACCGGGUAAUUGA